AUGGGCGCCAGUGCACGAGCGAGUACGGCAGUGGAACGACGGGGGUUGCCUGAGCUGGUCUUGCCGGGGACGGAGGCGGACGGGGGCCGGACGUCUGUCAGUACUGAGCGGAUGGCAGAGAAGAGGGUCGCGUCUUCUCCUCGUCCAAUCACCUUCGCACUCCCACCGCUCCCUUCUCCUCGACUCUCCUCGACCUCUCCCCAACUUACUCCCAAUUCAGAACACGCCAACCCCUUCGCCACAUCUCCUUCCUCUCCCUCGUCCGGCUUCCUCGGCCGACUGGGUCGGAAGCUGUCGCUUGGCCGGAGGGGGUCGAGGAAAGGAGCUGCGAGUUCAGAGCGGCGAAAGUCGAGGGACGUGGGCGAUCAAGUGCCACCUCCUGCGCUCGCAGUGACAGAGGAGAAGGAGAACGUCCCUCCCUCGACGUCUCCUCGCACAGCCCGCACCGGCGUACGAGUCCAACUCGUCGACCCUGGCCCCUCCGCCGCUGCCGCGCCUCCCUCCCCCGAACUCAGCCGCCGCCGCAGCCUACGCGUCUCCUCCGCCCUCCUCCGGCGCUCAAAAUCCGAAGGCUCUUCCCCCUCUGCUGCGCCGGUGAGGAGGAGACGCUCGGCGCGGCGCGGGCAAGAUAGGCUGUGGACUGAGGAGGAGAAGUAUGCCGAGUUGGCUUCUCGCCGACGGGCAGAGCGGGGCGGGGAAGGAGAGGGAGGUUAUGUGUGGGAUGAGGGGCUCGGGUUGUGUUGGGAUGGGAGGGAGAUGGUCCGCCCCGACUUGCUCUCCUCCACCACCACCACCCCUCACGAACCGUACACCUCCAACUCAGACUUCCUCCCCUCUUCCCUCCCGCAAGCGGCCCACACCCACGCGCUCUCCUCAAGCACUACAUCACACCGCAUAGUCUACGCCUCGACCCUCUCCUCCUUCCCUCCUCGUCCGCCGCUGAAAGGAAAGGAGAGGGAGUUGACGCCUGCUGAGAAGGUGGUGAGGGAGUAUAGGGAGAAAUGGGGGUGGUUGACGCCUAGUGUCAGGUCUUUCAGGUUAGAUGAUGAGGCGGAGGAGCGGGAGAAGGAGGAAGGGGUCAAUGUGGAGGAAGGGGAUGAGGGGGACUUGCCGACUCCUACACCGUCCAACCCCCUCUCGACAGACGGUUUCCCACCGCUCUCGCCCGCUCCACACCCCCAAACAGCGAUCGACGCCCGCACUCUAUCCCGCCUCGACCCUUCUCUCCCGCCUCACCUCUCCCACACCGACUCGCCCUCCGCCUCUCCAGUUUCACCAACACACGCAUCGAAAGCCUCGACAGCUAGUUCGUCCGUCCCUUCCGAGCGGUACGGGUUCACUUCUCGGACAUGCUCGUCGAGGGGCAGGAAGGGGAGGGGGGAAGGAGGGAGGGGGAGUAGGGAUUCGAGUGCUGAGGGUGGGGAAGAGGGUGGGAGCGAGACGAGUCAUGGGACUGCCGAGGACGACGGCGAGGAGGACGAGGAUGAGGACGCUGAGGAGGAGGGGCGGAAACGAGGAGGAGCGGAAGGUAGGCUGGGUGUGCCGUUCCAGCAGCGCAAGAUGGACGGGAGCUUCGUCACUGCCGAUGAAGGGGCGGAAGAAGACGCAGUGGACGACUGGCAGGAGUGCGAGUAG